CUGAGAAAAAAAUCCCAAAAUAUAUAAACAAUAAACCGAACCUACGAAAUGCACGACCUCCAAAAUUUAAAAAACCAGAAUUUAUGAGAAAUCCGCCUCCAUCAAGGUCGUUAUCAAAUGAAAUUACAAAUAUAAGUACCGAAGUAAAAAGGAAUAGAAAGAUACCAUUUUCACAGCAGACGCCUCAAGAAAGAAUUAAAAGAUCUAGACG